CUUAGCUAAUUUAUUAGUAAGCAAUUCCCACWGCCAACCGCAUUAGAUAUUGUAUACGAAAAGCUCAGAAAUGGCCAUUGGGUUAAUCAACAAUACCCUCUUGAAGGCUGCUUCUUCCUCAGAUUAUCCCACCACGAAUGCUCUGAUACCUCUCAACAUCUUCGACAAAGCAGCCUUUGAUAUCCAUGUCCCCAUCUUGUAUGCCUUCAGAGCACCAAUGCCGUCUAAUGAAGUCCUGAAGGAUGGACUGUCCAAAGCCCUUGUCCACUAUCCCCACCUCGCCGGUCGGUACGUGACCGACGAUCAAGGCCACACUUGCAUCACUCUAAACAACGCCGGUAUCAGUGUAAUCGAGACUUACGUACCAACAACCCUGGCCGAGCAGCUGCCCUUCACUCCGGCUUCCGACCUGGGCAAGCUCCUCCCACCUUUAGACGGUGUUGAGGAAUUACUGCAGAUUCAGCUCAAUCGUUACGCCUGUGGUGGUGUCGUGAUA